AUGGAUUUCCUUGGCGCUCUUGGCCGCGACUGCACCGCGGAGAGCGAUCCUGCUCCCCGUCCGCUUCCUCUUGCACGCCCUGCCGCGAGCGUGCCUGUUGCUCCACCGGCGUCCGCUGAUCAGAUCCGCCGCCGCUUCGAGGACCAGCGGCGCGAGUUGGCUCCGCGCGCGGGCAGGUCCUUGUCACCGCGGGAGCCCCCGCGCGCGGGGUUCGUCUUGCGCUCCGGCGCAGAGGCUGUGGCGCACCAGGAGCGUUCGCCUUGCCGUCGCUCAUCGGCAGCUCGCGACGAUAAGCGGGAGAGCCGCCGCAAUGAUCGUCACGGUGCGGCCCGUUUGCCGCUGUCGCCUCGUUUGCCUCGUCGCGAAGCCGAUCCCGUGACCGCCGUUUGCAUCGUCAUCAUUCGCCCCCUCACCGUUCAUCUCGCCAGCGGUCACCUGCCCGCCAGACGUUUGGGCGUCGGCCCCCAGCUCCGCGCUCGCCCCCUCCUGCAAAGCGCCAACGGCUCUACUCCCCUCGUCGCGGGGACCGUUUUCCUGGCCGCCAGCGUCAGCAAGGCCCAUCUCGCCCGCAGUCGCCUGUGCGCUCGAGCGCAAGUGGGCGUGCGCGUCGUGGGCGACGGGGGGGUGACAGUCCCGGCGGAAAAGUGCGUCCAACGCCGUCCGCAAUGGAGUGCCGUCUUCUGGAUAGGCUUGAUGACGUGGAGAAGGAGCUUCGUCGCUCGCGUGCGGGAGCGGCCGCUGCCUGCGGGGAUGGGCUUCGUAGGUGCUGGUGGCGGGCCGCCGUGGGCUCAGUUUGCUCCGCCGCGUCCUCUUCCUGCUCCGCGUGAUCUUGCCGUGUCGUCUCACCGUGCCCUCGCGUCUGCGUUACUUCCGCCGAUGAAGGAAGUUCCCACGGCGACCCUGGCCCGCCUAUGGUCGCUGGCGGCGUCCCGGCAGAGCCUUGAGCGGAUUCUCCAGGAAUCAUUUGACUCCAUGCCGGUGAGCCCUCCGAGCAGGUUCUCUCAAAAACCGCGAGCAGAUUGUCAUGCGAUGGCGUCAGCGCUAUUCGCGCUCGUAAUGCCACUGCAGGUAGCGCCCUCGCCGGGAGCAACCUCGGCCAGCCAGCUGGCUGACUCGGCCCUGGCUCUGAGGACGCUUGUAGCAGGCCCUGGUACUCCUGUUGACGUUGUAGGCGCCACCGUGUCUGUGGUCCGCCAGUUGUGGUUGAACACGAGCGGAAUGCUCGCUGCGGUAGAGGCGGACCGCAUGUAG